AUGGGUACCGAGCGAGCUCCACACCACUUGCUCUUUUGGGUGCGAAGUUGCCGGGAGUCGAUCAUUGCAAACCACAUCGAAGAUGCCAAGGGCUUUUUGGCAUCUUGGCAAUCAGGGCGACAAGGGCAGGGGGAGCGGGUCUCUGUGAGCCUGGCCUAUGAGAUGGCCCAGGUGGCCGAUUCCUUCCGCCGCUUCGACGUGGACAACUCGGGGAAGUUGGACAGCAAGGAGUUCCGCUACAUGUGCGCGUACAUUGGUUGGGGUGAAGAGGAAGCAAGUUUGAUGGAUGUCGACGACGAUGGCUUUGUGACGCUGGCAGAGUUCAAGAACUUUGUGGGCGACAGCGGCGGGCUCUCGGCCAUUUUUGAGCACCGCCGCCAGCGGGUGGCGCGAAAGCAAUGGGGUGUCGAGGCGCCCUCCGUUCUCGAAGUGGGCUCUCGUGUGCGCUCCUACUUCCAUACGCCGGAUGGGAAACACGAAAGCAAAUCAGAUGUGAAAGAGGAUAUGUUGUUCUUCAUUUGCAGGAAGAAAUCUGAGAAUGUCCGGGAAGGUCAGAUUCUAGAGCUCCGGGUGAUGCCCAACAAUGGUGUCCUCAUUGACUUUGUUGAGGAGGGCGGGAAGGGCAACCGUCAAGUGGUUCCGCAGAGUUGGAUCUUCAGCGACACACGAGACAGCGAUGUGGUUGCAGCACUCCGGGAGGUCGGCAUCUUAGAAGAGCAACAGGCCUUCUGGGCAGCGAUUUUCCCGGAGUCUGAGAUGCGUGCGGUGGAGAAAUUGGUGCCUUGCCAGCGUGCGGCUCUCUACCACGUCCGCGCGAAUGCCACUGCGAGCCACGAGGCUGCGAUGCCAGAGCUGCGCAAGCGCUUCGAGAACUUGGGCCACUCCGAGCGGGAGCUGCAAGCCUGUUUGGGAUGGGUGCAAGACUUGGCUCCCACGGUUGUCCAUAUUCACAUCGAUCGGGUUGGCACCUUUCUGGAGACUGAUGAGUACUACAGGAGCCAAUUUGAGACUGGAACCUCCAGCGGUGCACUUGACGGCAAGAAUGCCAUUCGGAAGCGGUGGGAAAUGGAACUCUUUGGAGGCACUUAUGAAGAUGCCAAGCCAUUCGAGAGAUGUAAGUACGGGGCUUUGGGGGUGAUGAAUGACUUCCGAGGAGUGACCUCAGCUUAUGGUUAUGGAGACUCCUACCUUGUGCCUGGGACGAUGGUGGAUGGGCAGGUGGAUGGGGAGGUGUUGAAGGACGUGCGGCUCCGCUGCACCUUUGCCUCCACGGACUCGGGUGGCAUCAGUGGCCAACGCUUGGCCGUCUUGGACAAGUAUGAGAUGCGCAGCUUGAUCGAUGUGGCAAUGUCCAACACCUCCUUACAAGAUAUGCCCCAGGUGCAUCCAACGCUUUUGCGGGGGAUGAGCGAAGACCCCAUGGAGAACUGGAUCACCGUUGGCUUCCCACACCUGGCCCAAAAGAGGGGACGCUUCUUCUUUGAGGUCGAGCUCUAUUCUACCUGCUCCUCUCCACAAGUGGGCGUCCUGAGCACUGACUUCGUGGCUGCACCGCGCAACAACAGCUUCCUGGGAGGCGCGAGGGCCAGCUGUGAGUUUUUUGUUUGA